AAUAAAGGUGAGGUCGUGGUGGUAGUGGUACCACAACCUGAGACAGGAGUGCAAGUUAAAAUAUUCAGUCAAUGUUAAUCCAACGCCAAAGUGUGAAACAAUAAUUUAACAAAAAAAAAAAACAACAACAAAUUCAAGUUAAUAAAUAUAUAAUAAACAAAAAGUGUAAAUUGUUUUAGAUAUAUUGUGAAAGUAUUUAUUAAUUUAAUGAUAAAAAAGAUAAUAAUAUGAUGAUAAACGAAGAUAACAUAACGUGACAAUAAAUUAAUAGUUCCAAAUAAUUUUUGGAGUUUGCAAAUUAAAUUUAAUUAAGGAGAAAACUUUUUGUUUUUUUUUUCUUGAAAAUGUUGGAUCAUAUGCUACUUGGAAUGUGGGGUAAUUGUGGAAAUGAAUAUUUCAAAAAAUAUGUUGGUGGUCUUAUUUUACUGAUAGGACUUGUACUUGGACAGGUCAGUGGUCAGUUACUUGAUACAGAAUUUCAACCAACAGUAACAGCAACAUGUAAAGCUGGAUACAUGACAAUACGAGUUAAUUUAAAUGAUAGUUUUGUUGGUGCUCUUCAUGCAAGAGAUUACAGAACACCAGGUUGUAUGAUGGCUGGUAAUGGCUCAUCACAAGUAACACUUGGUAUUAAUUUACUUGCACCAAAUGGAGCACCAGAUUAUUGUGGUGUUCUUGUUAAUAAUCAUACAGAAGAGAGAUCAGUACCAAUUGCUGUUAGAAUACAUAAAACUCUUGAAUUAGCUGACGAUAAAUUUUACGUAAUAACAUGCGGAAAAGCUGGUUUUAAAAAUGCCAGAAAUGAAACAUCACUGGUGUCACUACGACUACUUGAUGGUGGUCGACGUGUGCAGGAGGCAAUAUACGGUCGUCAAUAUACACUACGAGCGGAAAUAUCGCGGCCCGAUGGAAUGUAUGGAAUUCGUGUUAAAUCUUGUUUUGCAUUUAACAAAAAAAAUAGUAGUGUACCUUUAAUUGAUGAACGUGGUUGUCCAGUUAAAAGUCAUAUUAUAACAAAAUUUAUAUAUGACAAAAGUACUGGAAUUGCUGAUUCAACAUUAUAUUCAAUGUUUCGAUUUCCUGAUUCAACACAAAUACAUUUUCAAUGUGACAUUGCAGUUUGCAGAGGAAAUUGUGGAAAUAGUGUAUGUGAAGGUGAUGAAAAUUUAGGAAUUAAAACAAUUGGAUCAUCAACUGGUCCAAGUAUUUUAGAAGAAGAAGGAGUACUUCUUGCUUCAACAAGUGCAUUUGUUUUAAAUCCUGGUGAUACACCAUUACUUGGAUCACUAUAUGAUGAUAGUAGUAUUUAUCCACAAUGGUUAUUAUGGCUUGCUGUUGCAUUUGGAGUAUUAUUUUUAAUAAUGUUAAUAAUAAAUAUAUUCCUUUGUUCUGCAAUGUCAUGCAGUUGUGCAAGAACAGAAAUAAUUGAAAAAGAACCAUCGAUAAUCGAAGAUUAUGAUCCUUAUAGAAGUUGGCCAGGCUCACAAUAUGGAUCCAGAUAUUCAUUAAAUGGAAAACCUGGUUAUCCAUCUGGUGGAUCAACAAUGAAUUCAACACGUUCAAUAUCAACAAAUAGUGAUCACUAUGCAAUUGUUCAUAGUCCAGGUAUACAUUCUCGUCCAGGAAGUAGAUAUUCUGGACCUGGAAAAAAUCAUCAUCAUCAUCAUCAUAGAGGGCCACCUUCAAAUAUUGGCUCUCAUUAUUCAGCAAAACUUCCAACAAACUGAAAUAUAUUUUUUUUAUUAAUAUUUUUUAUUUUGUUGAAAUAUAAUUAAUUUGUAAAAAAUAAACAAUUACCAUGAUUCCAAUGUUUAUUUGAAAUUUAUAAUUUUAUAUUUAUUUUGGAUAUAUAUAUUUAUAUAUUUGACAUUUUAAAAUGGGAUUUAAAAAAAAAAAAAUUUAUGAUAAUAAUUUCAACGAUACAUGAUAACUGAGUUACAAAUAACUUCAGUAAUUUUAACAUCAAUUAUUAUUAAGAAUUAUUAUAAUAUUGUAAGUCUGUUGAAUAGACUUUCUUCUUUUUUUUUUUUUUUUUUGUACAUAAAUUUUUAUUGAUUUCGAAAACAACACAACUUUUGUUCGUUUUUUUUCUUUAUAAUAAAUCAAAUUAUAAAAAAUUAUUAUUUAAUAAUUCCAUUUCAUUUUUUUUUAUCAUAUAAUUUUUGUGCCAUAUUUUUUUUUAAAUGGCAUGUCAUUUUUUUUUUUUUUUCUUAAAUUAAUACAAUCGUUGACUAGUCCAGGAAAAAUAAUAAAAAAACACUUUAAUCUCAGUCAACUUUUUAAACAAAUAAUAAAAAAAACAAACAUUAAUAUUUUUUUAAAUUUUUUAUAAUUAGUAUUUCUAACAAUUUUUAUUUAUUUAUUUUACUUAAACGUUAUUUUUUUAUAUAAUUAUAACUUUAUUUUAGUGUCAGAUUUAACGAUAUUUAUUAAUUUUAUGUAAGAAAAAAUUUAUCGUAAAAGAAGACAUAAUAAUGGAAGAUUCAAUUAUUUA